AUAAAAUCUAUAAAAUCUAAUUACAUAAGAUAUAUUACAUAAUCACUGACUACACAACCUUCGCUCUCAGCUCUCCACCACACUUCUCCCGUCUUCCCCUCCUACUAUCCAAAUCAUCACCUCCCAUCCAUCGACUCCCUGUCCUCCAUCCCCUCCCUUACAUCGGUCAUGUCUCAAAAGGACUCUGAGAAAGACACUCCCGAAGCCGGCACCUCUGCCGAUCACGGAUCAGCUUCCUCUGCUCUGAAGGAGAAAGAAAAGGCCAAGGCCCCCGCGAAGAAAGAUGACAACAAGGCCGAAGAAGAGGAGCUCUCGGAGGAGGAUCAGCAGCUUAAAUCCGAGUUGGAGAUGCUUGUCGAGAGACUGAAGGAACCCGACACUGCUCUUUACAAGCCUGCUCUUGAUGCCCUCAAGGACUUCAUCCGGACCUCAACCUCCUCAAUGACCGCCGUUCCAAAGCCUCUCAAGUUCCUCAGACCCCAUUACCAAGAGCUCUCCGAUCUCUACGAGAAGUGGCCUCAAGGAGAUCUUCAGUCUGCGCUCGCUGAUGUGCUGUCGGUCCUCGGUAUGACAUACGCCGACAGCGGCAGACGUGAUUCGCUUCGUUACCGUCUUCUCGCGCCAUCAUCUUCUGACGAGAUCGGCAACUGGGGCCAUGAGUAUGUUCGCCACUUGGCUCUCGAAAUCGGCGAUGAGCAUGCCGUUCGGUUAGAGAAGGAGGAAUCCUUUGAUGACCUCAUGGAUCUCGCUCUCCAAUUAGUUCCGUUCUUCCUCAAGCAUAACGCUGAGGCUGACGCCGUCGAUCUUUUGCUCGAGCUUGAGGCUAUCGAGAAGCUGCCUCCGUUUGUUGAUAAGGAUACCUACGCUCGCGUCUGCUUAUACAUUGUCUCCUGCGUCAAUCUUCUCCCGCCACCGGACGACCAAGCCUUUUUGCGCACGGCCUUCAACAUCUAUCUCUCGCAAAAGGAGCUCACUCAAGCCAUUUCCGUCGCAAUCAGACUUGAUGACCACGACUCGAUCCGCGCAGUCUUCGAUGCCACCGACGACGUCCUUGUCCACAAGCAGCUCGCGUUCAUUCUCGCGCGCCAGCAGAUCUGGCUCGAGCUUCCCAACGAAGAGGUCCAGGAAUGCCUCUCCAACACCCGCCUGUCUGAGUACUUUUUGUUCUUAGCCAAGGAGCUCAACGUUCUCGAGCCCAAGGUUCCCGAGGAUAUCUACAAAAGCCAUCUCGAGCACACACGAGGCGGGCCAGACUCGGGUCUUGUCGAUUCAGCGAAACAGAACCUCGCCGCGAGUUUUGUCAACGCGUUCGUCAAUGCCGGUUUCGGCAAGGAUAAGCUGAUGGUCGUCGACGAAGAAGCGAGCUCGUGGGUGUACAAAAACAAGGACUCUGGCAUGCUCUCUGCCACCGCCGGUGUCGCCACGAUCUUACUCUGGGAUGUCGAGCAGGGUCUUCAACAGCUUGACAAGUACAUGUACUCGUCUGAGGAAUACAUCAAGGCCGGAUCGCUUCUUGGCAUUGGUAUUGUAAACACCUCGGUUCACAACGAAUCUGACCCAGCGCUAGCGCUUCUCUCAGAGCACGUCGAGAGCCGAAGCGUCCCUCUCCGGCUGUCGGCAAUAAUCGGUCUCGGUCUUGCAUACGCUGGGUCUCAGCGUCAGGACAUUGCCGGCUUGCUGUUGCCGCUUAUCGCAGACACAUCACUGAGCAUGCAGCUCUCGGCGCUCGCGACCCUUUCGCUCGGCCUGACAUUCGUCGGCUCGUGCAAUGGCGACAUCACCGAGACUAUCCUGCAGACGCUCAUGGAGCGCGACGAGCCGCAGCUGUCAGACAAGUGGGCGCGCUUUAUGUCGCUCGGUCUCGGUCUCCUCUACAUGGGCAAGCAGGAUGCCGCUGAUGUCAUCAUCGAGACGCUCAAGGCCAUCGAGCAUCCGAUAGGUCGCAACACGCAGGUGCUGGUCGACAUCUGCUCUUUUGCUGGCACGGGCAACGUGCUCAAGAUCCAGCAAUUGCUCCAUAUCUGCAGCGAGAAGCCACCUACCGACGAUAAGGAGGAAGGAGGGUCGAGCGAGGAGAAGGGCGAUGACUUGUACCAGGGCUACGCUGUUCUCGGUCUCGCAAUCAUUGCCAUGGGCGAAGAUAUUGGGUCUGAGAUGGUCCUGAGACAAUUUGGCCAUCUGAUGCACUACGGCGAAGGCUCCAUCCGACGCGCAGUUCCACUUGCGAUGGGUCUCGUUUCCGCGUCGAACCCCGAGAUGAAGGUAUUCGACACGCUCUCGCGAUAUUCCCACGACGGCGAUCUCGACGUUGCCGUCAACGCGAUCUUCGCGAUGGGCCUCGUCGGCGCCGGAACCAACAACGCGCGACUGGCGCAGCUCCUGCGGCAGCUCGCGAGCUACUACUCCAAGGAAGCCAACAGCCUGUUCAUGGUCCGCAUCGCGCAGGGUCUGCUGCACCUCGCCAAGGGCACAAUGACGCUCACGCCGUUCCACACCGAGCGCCAGAUCCUGAGCAACGUCUCUCUCGCAGGCCUCCUGACCGUCCUCGUAUCGCUCGUCGACGCGAACUCCUUCAUCCUCGACUCUGCUCACUACCUCCUCUACUUCCUCACCCCUGCUAUGCACGCGCGCCAUCUCAUCACGCUCGACACCGACCUGCAGCCGAUCCAGGUCAACGUCCGGGUCGGACAGGCAGUCGACACCGUCGGCCAGGCCGGUCGGCCGAAGACCAUCACCGGCUGGGUCACGCACAGCACGCCGGUGUUGCUCGGACACGGCGAGCGCGCGGAGCUGGAGAAUGAUGAGUAUAUCGCGCUCGCUAGUACGCUCGAGGGACUCGUGAUUUUGAAGAAGAACGAGAACCGGGCGGAGGAGGCGUAGGUGCCGGUAGUGAUAGUGCGGCUAGAAGUUGUUGUAGCGAGUGCAGACUGCAUUUUGUAAAGUGAAACGAAAUGAAAUAAAGACUAUUUUUCUCACAUACGGUGUAUAUACUCAUCUUUUUCAUGUGAAUGUAUACGUAUACAAUCUACUCUAAACUACAACAGAU